AUGGAAUCCGAGCAGGCACAGGAAGCAAAUGCGGUAAAGCAGUGUUUGGCACGGUAUGAAAAUUUAUCUGGCCAAGUGGUAAAUUAUCAUAAGUCCAGCAUAUGCUACAGUAAGAAUACACAAGAUGAUGAUAGGAAUGAAGUGGCACAGAUACUUGGGGUUACUCAAUCACCAAACUUUGGGAAAUAUUUGGGUCUCCCCUCAUUUGUAGGAAGGAAUAAGAAGGCGGCUUUUUCGUAUAUUGAAGAUAAGAUAAGACAGAGAAUCCUUUCUUGGAAUAAGAAGUUGUUAUCGCAAGCUGGUAAGGAAGUCUUGUUGAAAAGUGUGGCUCAGGCAAUGCCCACUUUCGCAAUGAGUGUCUUUUUAUUACCUAUGGGGGUUUGCACAGCUAUUGAGCGAGUUAUGAAUCGAUAUUGGUGGGGGUCUGGGAAUGAACGUGGAAUCCAUUGGAAGGCUUGGGACAAAUUGUGUAUACCAAAGAAAUAUGGUGGCCUGGGUUUCAAAGAACUACAUGCAUUUAAUAUAGCAAUGCUGGGUAAACAGGCGUGGCGGUUUCUAACAAAACCUGACUCAUUGGUCUCACGAGCUUACAGAGCGAGAUAUUACCCAAAAGGGACCUUUUAUGAUGCCAAAGUAGGGAAUAACCCCAGUUUCUGUUGGCGCAGUAUAAUGGCAGCUCAGAGCAUGAUUUGUGGCGGAAUCAGGCGCAGAAUUGAAAAUGGAAAGACAACCCUCAUCUGGGAUCACCCAUGGCUGCAGGAUGAACAAGACCCAAUGAUUCAUACUGAAAAGCCUCCGUAUUUGAAUAAUGCAGCAGUGGUGUGA